CGAGAAAGUUUUGAUGCGACAUCAUCACCACCAUCAUCAUUACUGUUAUCUUUUGCUUAGAUACGUAGACCGAAAAGGGGGGGUUAGCUAGACUAAACUCUGAUAUGCGGACGUAUGGUGAACGCGAUUCUAUUUGACGAUCUACAUAGUCCCACGCCGUGGCUGCUGACCUCCUCCGCAUAACUGCCGCACUACUAACACAUCGUCGAUCAGAUCUAACCAAUAGCCCAACAUGACCAAAGUCCUUCUCAUCACUGGUGCCACAGGAAAGCAGGGGGGUGCAGUGAUAAAUGCACUUCUAAACCAGGUUACCAGUAAAUUCACGAUACUCGCUAUCACACGCGACAUCGACAGCAUCAGCGCCAAGAAUCUCGCCCAUAAAUCUCCUUCUAUCAAGCUCGUGCAGGGUAAUCUUGAUGAUGUGCCCAGCUUAUUCCAAGAGGCUCGAAAAAUACACCCCCAACCUAUCUGGGGUGUCUAUUCGGUCCAGAUAUCCAUGGGAAAGGGGGUGACUGUUGAGAGCGAAGUUAGGCAGGGCAAGUCCCUCAUUGAUGAAUCUAUUAAAGCCGGCGUCAAGCACUUCGUUUACAGCAGUGUCGAGCGUGGCGGCGAUGAAGAGUCGUGGGAUAAUCCAACUCCUAUACCACACUUCCAGAGCAAGCACCAUAUUGAGCGGCACCUCCGAGACGUCACCGGGCCGGGAAAGGCGGGCGUAAAUAUGGGUUGGACAAUUCUGCGUCCGGUAGCUUUCAUGGAUAAUCUAGCACCCGGUUUCCCAACCAAGGUUUUCAUGGCUGCGCUCCAUAAUCACUUGGGGAACAAACGUAUGCAAUGGAUCGCCACGUCGGAUAUUGGCGCCUUCGCCGCCAAGGCGUUUGCUGACCCGGAGCGGUGGAAUCGGAGGGCUAUUGGACUCGCAGGCGACGAGCUAUCAUGGGAACAGCUUAAUGCCUCAUUUGCCAAGGCGACAGGGUUCCCCGUGCCGGUGAGCUACUGGUUCUUCGGGAGCGCAUUGACAUACAUGGUCACGGAGAUGGGCCUUAUGAUUGGAUGGUUCGCAAGUGAUGGCUAUAAGGCAGAUGUCACUGCUCGGCGCAAGGAUCAUCCAGAAUUGCUGACGGUGGAGGAAUGGCUAGUCAAAGAAAGUCCGUUUGAGACAACCCAUCGCCGUUGAUGGAUGUGCCGAUCCGUAUCGAAAUGGAUAUAGCAAGCAUUAACGGGUAUGUUAAUAGCUCUCAAGAUAUCGAGACCAGCGAAAUGCAGGACUUGGAAACAGUUUUAGUAGCGCGAGUUUACACAUCACAAAUUGAUCAGAUCAUAUAGCUUUCUUUGAUGAAUCAGGAACUUUCAAUGCAAGGGUACAAGGUGCAAGGGUUCUUGAUAAUAUUGUUGCUAUACCCCCCUUUACAGCAG